GUUUGGACAUCUAAGCGUGGCUCACAUCUUGCUGGAGAACGGUGCUGAUCUCAAUGCACAGAAUAAGUUGGGAGCCAGCGUCCUCACAAUGGCCUCCAGAGGUGGCCACGUCAGUAUGGUGAAGUUGUUGCUGGAAUCUGGAGCUUUUGUAGACAAUUAUGACCAUUUUAGCACGAGUGUACUUAACAGCUGCAGAGACGACCUUCCCGAUAUCACUCCACUAAUGGCAGCUGCUCAGCAUGGACAUGAGGCAGUGGUACAUCUGUUACUAGACUGGGGAGCUGAUUGUAAUUAUACUGUGAAGACUAUGGGAUGGAGUCCUUUAAUGCUGGCAGCUGUUAGUGGAAAGGUCAGCUUGGCACAGCAGCUCAUGGAGAAAGGUGCCAAUCCUGAUCACCUGAAUGUACUACACAAAACACCUUUUGAAAUCUCUGUGGGCUUCAAACACAAAGACAUGAAGGACUACCUGGAAUCUCUCACAACAAUCAGACCUCAGGCAG